GGUUAGAGUCGGCGUGGUAGUAGUGGUGGUGGUGGUGGUCUGCCGUGAUCCGUCUGCCCCGGCCUUACAUCACCCUGUUGGUGCACACCGGAGUGCUGGGAACCCUGCGAUCAUACAUAACUGACACCCACAAGUGAACAUUGAGAUGGCGCAGCAGCUUGCUAAUCUCUUCACCAGGGUGGGACAGAUUGGGUUUGGUGUGGCCGUAGUGGGUGGCGUGGUAAACUCGGCCCUUUACAAUGUGGAUGCUGGUCAUCGAGCAGUCAUUUUUGACAGAUUUGUGGGAGUGAAGCAGGUUGUGGUAGGUGAAGGCACACACUUCUUCAUUCCUUGGGUCCAGAAGCCAAUCAUGUUUGAUAUUAAAACUCGUCCCAGAAAUGUCCCUGUCGUUACUGGUAGUAAGGAUCUUCAAACAGUCAACAUCACACUAAGAGUUUUAUUCCGACCUAUUGGUGACCAGCUGCCCCGCAUUUAUACUACUCUGGGUAUUGACUAUGAAGAUCGUGUCCUGCCUUCCAUUACAAAUGAAGUUCUGAAAGCAGUUGUGGCCAGGUAUGAUGCUGGGGAACUCAUCACCCAGCGUGAAAAGGUGUCACGUAAUGUCUCUGAGCAACUCACUGAGCGUUCAGCUCAGUUUGGAAUAAUCUUGGAUGAUAUUUCCAUUACCCACUUGACCUUUGGCAAAGAAUUUACUCAGGCUGUUGAAUUGAAACAAGUGGCACAACAGGAAGCAGAAAGAGCAAAGUUCCUUGUGGAUAAGGCUGAACAAGAGAAGAAAGCAGCCAUUAUCAGUGCUGAUGGUGAUGCUUCAGCUGCCACAUUACUGGCCAAGGCAUUUGGUGAGGCAGGAGAGGGUCUGGUUGAACUCAGGAGGAUUGAAGCAUCAGAAGACAUUGCUUACAAGUUGGCAAAGAACCGCAAUGUGGUCUAUCUCCCCAACAACCAGAGUACCCUCCUUUCCCUGCCUCAGUAAAAAGAAAAAAAAAAGAAACUUCAAGCUGCAGCAAUUGAAUAGAGUGGAAGCCAGGAGACUAAAGCUGUGUCCAUGUAAAAUUCAUGGAUUUGAGGAAAGAGAAGUAUGUAGUUAAUGAUUGACUUAGCUUUGUGUUCUUUGAAGUAUAGCAAUCUUGAUCUAAUUUAACUUUUCUUGAAGUCAUGUACUGAAACUUCAUUCCACAGCAUUUUAAUUUUUUUAUUUUUUUUUCAUUGUUUGAACUUUGUUGCACUAUAAUAUAGAACUAGUUCACAAAUUUUGUUAAGUCAUGAAUUUACAUUUCAAAGUAGGUUGACAAGUAAAACAUUCUUGUCAUGUAUAAAGGAAGUUGUUAAUUAUAUCUGCAAUUGUGGGUUUUGUAAAGAAAUUAUAUGAGA